AUGAAGACCACGUUCGUUGUUGUUGCUGGUCUAGCAUCUAUCGCAUAUGCUCAGGUCACAGCUCUCAUCACCCCAACCUCAUCUGCUCCUGAAGGAUGUGCAACUAGCUAUUCUGGCGCUUUUCAAAUCUCUACUGUAAAUGUUAGCAGUGUAGCAAAGCGUCAGCAAAAGCGUGCCGACUGCUCAUCGUCUCUCGCCGUCACACUCAACGAUGGUAUUCUCAAAGACCAGCAGGAUAGAACAGGAUACAUUGCGUCAAACACUCAAUUCCAAUUCGAUGGCCCACCGCAAACUGGAGCUAUUUAUACCGGUGGCUGGUCUGUUUGUUCAAACGGCUCUCUCACUCUUGGAGGUUCCGCUGUUUUCUACCAAUGCCUCUCAGGUACAUUCAAUAAUUUGUACACGGAAUCGCAGGGUGAACAAUGCUCCCAAAUUUUGAUCCAAACAACUGCAUGCAGCUCAGCUGCUGGAUCUGGUGCCGUUGGACAAUCGACUGAUGGCCAAGCAAUUGCAACUGCUAUCGCUUCUGUAUCCUCUGCAGCAGUUUCUCAAAUAUCAGAUGGGCAACCACAAGGUGCAACCUCGGCCGCUCCUAUUUCUCAGAUUAGUGACGGACAAAUUCAAGCCCCUACAUCUGCUGGCGGUGCGCCAAUCACUCAGAUUAGUGAUGGCCAGGUCCAAGGUGCUACCUCUGUUGCCAUCCCUUCGGCUGAGAUCUCUCAGAUCCCAGAUGGACAAAUCCAAGGUGCAACAUCCACUGUUGCCAUCCCUUCGGCUGAGAUCUCUCAGAUCCCAGAUGGACAAAUUCAAGGUGCAACAUCCACUGUUGCCAUCCCUUCGGCUCAGAUCUCUCAGAUUCCAGAUGGACAAAUUCAAGGUGCAACAUCCGCGGCUGCCGUCCCUUCGGCGGUGGUUUCCCAAAUUCCAGAUGGUCAAAUCCAAGCACCAACCGGUGUCGCCACACUCGAAACGAGCACUUCUCUUGCCGGUCCAGUCAUCUCUCAAAUCAGUGAUGGCCAAAUUCAGGCUCCUACCGCUACCGCAACGAAUGUUACCUAUUCCAGCACAACAUCUGCCCCCGCUGUAUUUACUGGCGCUGCCAACACUUACCAAAUAAGUGGCUCUUUAGCUGCUGCUGCCAUUGGUCUCUUUGCUGCUCUUUUGUGA